AACUGAAUAAUGAAAUGGGUCAGAAACUCGAAAUAAAUGAAAUUGGAAAGAAAAUAUCUUUUUGUAAGUAAAUGAAUGAAAUAAAGUUAGAAGCAUGUGGAACAACCAUUUUCCUAAUAAACAUAGUAUUGAACAAAGAAUCUCCCACAGAAGAAAGCCAUGGCUGUUAUUUUGAAGAAUCACAGCCUAUUAAUCACUUUCUUAUUCCUCUGCUGUUUAUUGCCAUGGCGGCAGAUAGAUGGGUUCAAAGUACCAUUUCAUCCAAAGGAUAUUCUGCCAUUUUUACCAAGACAGGUCUCAUGGCCCAUCCUCAACUCUCUCCACAGUGCUGUGAACCUCAUGCCCACUUUUGUUGGGGUUGCUUCAAAUAAUAUACUGGAGUGGAAAGGUGCUUGCUUUUACAAGAAUAUUGCUUGGUUGGAGCUUCAUAAUAAGUCCCAAAGUCAAUUUGGUGGAGGCACCCUUCAUAUUAAGGUGAGCAAUGCACACAGUUGGACGUGUAUGGAUCUUUACAUCUUUGCAACCCCAUAUCGCGUGACAUGGGACUACUACUUAUUGUCUCGUGAGCAUACUCUUGAAAUUGAAGAAUGGGAGUCUCAAGCUGAGUUAGAAUAUGUCAAACAUAAAGGUAUCUCAGUUUUCCUAAUGCAAGCAGGAAUGUUAGGAACCCUUUCAGCACUCUGGGAUGUUCUCCCUUUGUUCACGAACACUGGAUGGGGUGAGAACUCAAAUAUUGGUUUUCUAAAGAAACAUAUGGGCACUUCAUUUGAAAAACGUCCACAGCCAUGGGUCACCAACUUUACUACCGAUGACAUACAUUCUGGGGAUUUUCUUGCAUUAUCAAAAAUUAGAGGUCGCUGGGGUGGUUUUGAGACUUUAGAGAAAUGGGUAUCAGGAGCUUAUGCUGGCCAUUCUGCUGUUUGCUUGAGAGACUCCGAAGGAAAACUAUGGGUUGGCGAAUCUGGAAAUGAGAAUGAUAAGGGAGAAGACGUUAUUGCUUUAUUGCCAUGGGAAGAGUGGUGGGAGUUUGAGCUGACAAAAGAUGAUUCCAAUCCACAUAUUGCAUUGCUCCCUUUGCACCCUGAUCUCCGUGCAAAGUUUAAUGAAACUGCUGCUUGGGAAUAUGCAAAAAGCAUGGAUGGCCAACCUUAUGGUUACCACAACUUAAUAUUUAGCUGGAUAGACACAAUUGAUGGAAAUUACCCCUCACCCUUGGAUGCUCAUCUGGUUGCUUCUGUCAUGACUGUUUGGAACCAAUUACAGCCUGCGUAUGCUUCUAACAUGUGGAAUGAAGCCUUGAACAAGCGACUCGGAACUCAGAACCUUAGUCUUCCUGACGUUCUUGUGGAAGUUGAAAAGCGUGGAUCCUCUUUUGCCGAAUUGUUGACUAUUCCUGAGCAGGAUGAUUGGGUUUAUAGUGAUGGAAAGUCAACGNGGGGGGAUCACAUGUCUGUGUCUUCAAUAAAAGAUGCUUACUCUCUCAAGUUUUUCGAGACCAAUUCAAGUCGGUUACCGAAGUGGUGCAAUGCAGAUGACAGUGUGAAGCUUCCUUUCUGUCAAAUUCGAGGGAAGUACCGGAUGGAACUACCUGGAUACAAUA